GAGUGCGUGUAUGUGUGCGUAAUAGUGGUGCAAAAAGACAAAAGCGACACGAUUUUCAUCGCUUUCGUUUGGAUUAUCUCAUCUUUCGGUCGUAUCUUGACCGAUUUCCAUCCCCCUUCCAUGCCGUUCCUUCCAUCGUAAAAAUAUAACGGCUUAUGGGGGACGACGGAGGGAUGAAGAGUGAGAGGGAAGCGGAUAUAUCUGCGCACCAUUGGACGGUAUAAUCUCGUAAAACCCGCACACAAGUGUCCAUCUACGUGAGCCGUACGUAAAGCCGUCGACGAGGACCACCGGUUUCUAACGCCCGCCAGGAAUUGGUACGCCGGCCAACUUUCGACGCUUCGUUCCAACUGUAUUCCACGUGACAGACGAGAGUGGCCGUUUCUUCGAGGAACGAUCCCUCGAAGAAUAUAUUCGGUCACGGACGGUGUUGAACCGUUGGGUGAUCUCGUAAACCUAUCCUAAACCCUCACCGAGUCGAGACUAUAUUUUUGGAUGGAUCUUAUAAUAUAUACGAAGUGACACCGUUCUCUGUGAUGCCUCGCUUCGCGAACGCUUCUGGCUGUUUCGAGCAAUUUUAUCGUAUUUAUACGUAAAAAAAAAGAGAAGAAAAGAAGGAGAAGAGAAACGAAUUAGAGGUAUAUAAUAUUUUAUGAUAACUAGAUUUAAAAAAAGAUAGAUUCAAUUUUGUUUUUAAUUUUGUAAAGGAACGAGAGUUUGUAAGAGGGUAGAAAUUUUUACACGAACAACCGUACGUGACUCUUUUAAUAUAUAUAUAUAUAUAUAUAUUCGUCGUAUCAAAUAGAAAGAUUAUACAUUUUGGUGAUUGGUAAUGCGCGAGUGUCACGUUCGUUCUUCGCCACGCGUUGGAAUCUGAAUCACGAAGGAUGGAUCAAGUGCACGUGAAGUCGUCGAGAUCGACGUCGAGGAGCAACCCGGCGAAAAUGGCGUGCGAGAAGGCGAGCAAGAGGCUCAGGACGAUUCUGGUGAAGGCGUCGCGCCUCGGCGUCUCGACGACGGAAGUUGCCAAGUUGCCAAGCGCCAAGAAGCUCAUUCCGCAGAGAGAUCACGGAUGGAAGUUGGCGGUGUUCCUCCUGGUCAUGUUCGGCGGCGGAGUGAUCGUCGCCUUGGCCUGCACGGCGAGGAAAGGCUGCUCGAAGCUGGAGGAGAUCAAUUUUCCCGAAAAGAUUCAGGCAUGUGGCCAAAAGCACGGACGUUGUCGUUAUCAUCGUCAUUGGAGCAUAUGCCGAGCGAAGAAGUCGCGCAACCGGAAUACCGCUCUACCAAGCAUCUUUUAUUCUGGUACGAGCAAAACGAGAAGUUCACGACCCUGUAGCCUAUAUUACAUCGAUUCGACGAGAGACCAUCGAACUUACUUUGAAACUUGAAAUUGCAUAUUAUUGGAUUCUAUGGACGUCCACGAUAUUUCACCAGAAAUACAAUGACCGCGACCAAAUUUCACCUUAUGCAGCGUAUAAUUGCCAUUAAGAUUUUAUUAUCAUUCAUUUAAUACACAUGUAUUUCAUUCAUGUACAUUUUAUAAAUAAAAUAUAUAUUUAUAGAUAUUUUGUA